AUGACUGUUUGUGUGUUUGGAAUAUUUUCGUUUUCUUCCAUUGGACUUCAGGUUCUUAUGUUUCCUGAAGGCACAGACUUGAGUGCCUACGGCCUCACACGAAGUGAUGCCUAUGCCAAGAAAAUGUGUCUUCCUCUUUAUCGCUACACUCUCCAUCCACGCACAACGGGUUUUGAAAGCUUUGUCAGGGCUCUCGGGCCUAAUCUUGGCUAUGUAUACGAUGUCACAGUAGCCUACCCCUACGCCAUCACUGAAUCUGAACUGAAAAUGGCCCUGGGGGAUUGCCCACAAGAGGUCCACUUUUAUGUUCGUAGAUGGGCCGCUAAUCAGCUCCCCCCUCUAGCAGAUAAACCCGCUGUCACCAGAGAUGACUCAUCGGAAGUCUCUUCUACACCCUCGCCCUUGGCCAAGUGGUUACAAGAUCGAUGGGCUGAGAAGGAGCAAAUGCUGAAGGACUUCUAUGGCCAGCAAGCCCUCCAGGUGUUUUGGGGGGUUCGGAUUAUUAGGAAUCGUGGUUCACUUUCAAUCCGCAUUCUCUUCGAUUUACCUCGAAGCUGUCAGUUUUUGCUCGAGUUGUUUGUGUUCUUACUUAACCAUUCUCAUGCUGAACUGGCUGAGAGUUUCCCACCAAAUCUCCGAGAUGGUUAUUGUCUUUUUUACUAUGAAGCUUAG